AUCUCGUCUUCAUGUGGAGAAUGUGGCUCCGGGAUCAUUUUACACAAACUUGGAAAGAAUUCUCUUGUCGGAGAAUAAUAUAACCAGCGUGCAACCUGGUGUCUUUAGUGGAAUGUUGGAGACACUAAGCCUCGCUGGUAAUCGCCUGACUGCUUUGCCCGAAGAUCUCCUGACAGAUUGUCCCCACCUUCGAUCUUUUAAUGUUUUUAAUAAUAAACUGAGAGAAUUGCCAUCAGGCGUAUUCAGAAAUAACCCGAAACUCGACUCCGUGCACCUGAGCUAUAAUAAACUUAGUGAGCUGCCGUCGGGUCUUUUCACAUACAAUCCUGUUGUUCGCAGUGUUUAUUUCUACAGGAACCAUUUCCGCCUGAAUCACCAUUUGUGUGAACUGGUAGCCCCAAGGGACUACAUGAAAGCUGUCUACGACUUCCGCCCAAGCAUAGAGGUCAAGAACUACAUCAAAGAAAACCUAUCUGAAUCCUUCUGUCACAGUAGCUGUGAAAGCAUACCAAAGAAUGAGCCUACCUGCGAGAGUGGUUGCAUCGGGACUGUCUAUAAUUAUACUUGUGUUGAGGUGAAUAAGACCAAUCCAGCCUUCGCUGAAUAUAAUGACACAAUGGUUGCUGUCUACCUCCCAGCCGAAAAGCCUGGCUACUCAAGACAGCUGGUGGGGAUUGGACAACAUGGUUCGGUGACUGUUACGCAGGAAUACCAAAAUUCUCACGUUGGUGAGCUUAGCUAUGUGUUGCUCAACCCAGGCUAUGAGAGGUACGGUUUCCAAUAUGUUCGUGGCAGCGAUGGUCGUAGGUCACCUGUCGGUGCCGAGUUCUCAGUGGGUAAGUACUUUAAGGUAGCAGCCUGGUCGUAA